GCACUGAUUUGGAACAAUUUAUUUUAGGAUAGCAUUUUCGUAGUUUUGUGGGCAUCGAAAGGCCAUUUUAUAUGGAUUUUGAAGGCUACAGAUCUCAGAUUUGGCCUGAGACUAUUCUUCAACGAUGAUUAAGUCCAUUAAGCACAUAUUUGGACGGAUUUAUUCUGGGUCAAUUUUUGGCAGAUUGCAAAGGGGUUCCAUAACAGAUUUUGAGCGAUUUUUCCGAAAUGCCAUUUUCUUUCGAUUCUGGAGGCUACAAAUCACGAAAUCAGGAAGAGGCUAUUCUCCACCGAUAAUGAAGUCUAUUGAUCCUAUUCUCCACGGAUGAUAAGUCCAUUAAUCACCGAUUUGUGCCAAUUUAUUUUCGGAUGACAUUUUCAUAAUUUUGUGUGCGUCGAAAGACCAUUUUCUUUGUAUUUUUAAGACUACAGAUCAAGGAUUUGGCAUGAGCCUAUUCUUCAACGAUGAUUAAGUCCAUUAAGCAUCAAUUUGGGCGUAAUUAUUCCAGGUAAAUUUUUGGCAGAUUGCAAAGGGGUACCAUCACAGAUUUUGGGCGAUUUUUCCGAAAUGCCUUUUUCUUUCAAUUCUGGAGGCUACAAAUCACGGAAUCAGGCCGAGGCUAUUCUACACAGAUAAUAAAGUUUAUUGAUCCUAUUCUCCACGGAUGAUAAGUCCAUUAAGCACCGAUUUGGGCGGAUUUAUUCCGGGUCAAUUUUUGGCAGAUUCCAAAGGGGUACCCAUCACAGAUUUCGGGCGAUUUAUCCAAAAUGCCAUUUUCUAUUCUGGAGGCUACAGAUCACAGAAUCAGGCGAGGCUAUUAUCCACCGAUAAUGAAGUCUAUUGAUCCUAUUCUCCACGGAUGAUAAGUCCGUUAAGCAUCAAUUUGGGCCAAUUUAUUUUCGGAUUGCAUUUUUGUAAUAUCUUGGGCGACGAAAGGCCAUUUUCUUUGGAUAUUGAAGGCUACAGAUCACGGAUUCGGCCUGAGGCUAUUCUCCAACGAUGAUUGAGUCCAUUAAGCACCGAUUUUGGCGGAUUUAUUCCGGGUCAAUUUUUGGCAGAUUCCAAAGGGGUACCACAGAUUUCGGGCAAUUUAUCCGAAAUGUCAUUUUCUUUCGAUUCUGGAGGCUACAGAUCACGGAAUCAGGUCGAGGCUAUUCUACACCGAUAAUGAAGUCUAUUGAUCCUAUUCUCCACGGAUGAUAAGUUCGUUAAGCAUCGAUUUGGGCCAAUUUAUUUUCGGAUGGCAUUUUUCGUAAUUUCUUGGGCGACGAAAGGCCAUUUUCUUUUGGUAUUGAAGGCUACAAAUCACGGAUUUGGCCUGAGGCUAUUCUCCAACGAUGAUUGAGUCCAUUAAGCACCGAUUUGGGCGGAUUUAUUCCGGGUCAAUUUUUGGCAGAUUCCAAUGGGGUACCAUCACAGAUUUCGGGCGAUUUAUCUGAAAUGCCAUUUUCUAUUCUGGAGGCUACAGAUCACGGAAUCAGGCCGAGACUAUUAUCCACCGAUAAUGAAGUCUAUUGAUCCUAUUCUCCACGGAUGAUAAGUUCUUUAAGCAUCGAUUUGGGCCAAUUUAUUUUAGGAUGGCAUUUUUGUAAUUUCUUGGGCUACGAAAGGCCAUUUUCUUUGGAUAUUGAAGGCUACAAAUCACGGAUUCGCCCUGAGGCUAUUCUCCAACGAUGAUUGAGUCCAUUAAGCUCCGAUUUAGGCGGAUUUAUUCCGGGUCAAUUUUUGGCAGAUUCCAAAGGGGUACCAUCACAGAUUUUAGGCGAUUUAUCCGAAAUGCCAUUUUCUUUCGAUUCUGGAGGCUACAGAUCACGGAAUCAGGCCGAGGCUAUUCUCCACUGAUAAUGAACUCUAUUGAUCCUAUUCUCCAUGGAUGAUAAGUCCGUUAAGCAUCGAUUUGGGCCAAUUUAUUUUCGGAUGGCAUUUUCGAAAUUUCUUGGCGACGAAAGGCCAUUUUCUUUGGAUAUUGAAGGCUACAGAUCACGGAUUCGGCCUGAGGCUAUUCUCCAACGAUGAUUGAGUCCAUUAAGAACCGAUUUGGGCGGAUUUAUUCGGAGUCAAUUUUUGGCAGAUUCCAAAGGGGUACCAUCACAGAUUUUGGGCGAUUUAUCCAAAAUGGCAUUUUCUUUCGAUUCUGUAAGCUACAGAUCACGGAAUCAGGCCGAGGCUUUUCUCCAUCGAUAAUGAAGUCUAUUGAUCCUAUUCUCCACGGAUGAUAAGUCCGUUGAGCAUCGAUUUGGGCCAAUUUAUUUUCGGAUGGCAUUUUCGUAAUUUCUUUGGCGACGAAAGGCCAUUUUCUUUGGAUAUUGAAGGCUACAUAUCACGAAUUCGGCCAGAGGCUAUUCUCCGAUGAUGAUUGAGUCCAUUAAGCAUCGAUUUGGGCGGCUUUAUUCCGGGUCAAUUUUUGGCAGAUUCCAAAGGGGUACCAUCACAGAUUUCGGGGGAUUUAUCCGAAGUGCCAUUUUCUUGCGAUUCUGGAGGCUACAGAUCACCGAAUCAGGCCGAGGCUUUUCUCCACCGAUAAUGAAGUCUAUUGAUCCUAUUCUCCACGGAUGAUAAGUCCGUUAAGCAUCGAUUUGGGCCAAUUUAUUUUCGGAUGGCAUUUUCGUCAUUUCUUGGGCGACGAAAGGCCAUUUUCUUUGGAUAUUGAAGGCUACAGAUCACAGAUUCGGCCUGAGGCUAUUCUCCAACGAUGAUUGAGUCCAUUAAGCACCGAUUUGGGCGGAUUUAUUCCGGGUCAAUUUUUUGCAGAUUCCAAAGGGGUACCAUCACAUAUUUCGGGCGAUUUAUCCGAAAUGCCAUUUUCUUGUGAUUCUGGAGGCUACAGAUCACUGAAUCAGGCCGAGGCUUUUCUCCACCGAUAAUGAAGUCUAUUGAUCCUAUUCUCCACGGAUGAUAAGUCCGUUAAGCAUCGAUUUGGGCCAAUUUAUUUUCGAAUGGCAUUUUCGUAAUUUCUUUGGCGACGAAAGGCCAUUUUCUAUGGAUAUUGAAGGCUACAGAUCACAGAUUCGGCCUCAGGCUAUUCUCCAACGAUGAUUGAGUCCAUAAUGCACCGAUUUGGGCGGAUUUAUUCCGGGUCGAUUUUUGGCAGAUUCCAAAUGGGUACCAUCACAGAUUUCGGGCGAUUUAUCCGAAAUGCCAUUUUCUUGCGAUUCUGGAGGCUACAGAUCACCGAAUCAGGCCGAGGCUUUUCUCCAUCGAUAAUGAAGUCUAUUGAUCCAAUUCUCCACGGAUGAUAAGUCCGUUAAGCAUCGAUUUGGGCCAAUUUAUUUUCGUAUGGCAUUUUCGUAAUUUUUUUGGCGACGAAAGGCCAUUUUCUUUGGAUAUUGAAGGCUACAGAUCACGGAUUCUGCCUGAGGCUAUUCUCCAACGAUGAUUGAGUCCAUUAAGAACCGAUUUGGGCGGAUUUAUUCCGGGUCAAUUUUUGGCAGAUUCCAAAGGGGUACCAUCACAGAUUUCGGGCGAUUUAUCCGAAAUGCCAUUUUCUUGUGAUUCUGGAGGCUACAGAUCACUGAAUCAGGCCGGGGCUUUUCUCCACCGAUAAUGAAGUCUAUUGAUCCUA